GGGAGCGCUCGCGGGGUCGCACAGCAGCCAAGCCCGCGGAGGAGGAGCGCGCGCGCGCGCAGCAUGGGCUGCGGACCUUCCCAACCUGCUGAAGACCGGAGACGUGUACCUGCGCCCAAGAAGGGCUGGAAAGAGGAAUUCAAGGCUGAUGUAGGUGUGCCUCCUACUGGGGAAAAUUGCAGCCCCCAGAUGGAAGCUGCUCUGACCAAGAAUACUGUGGACAUUGCAGAAGGCCUGGAACAAGUCCAGAUGGGAAGCUUACCUGGAACCAUUUCAGAAAAUUCUCCAUCUCCUAGUGGAAGAAACAGACGAGUAAAUUCAGACCUAGUGACCAAUGGAUUAAUCAAUAAACCCCAACCCCUAGACAGUCGAGAGCGACAGAAGUCAUCAGAUAUCCUGGAGGAACUAAUUGUUCAAGGAAUUAUACAAAGCCACAGCAAAGUAUUUAGAAAUGGAGAAUCAUAUGAUGUCACGUUGACUACGACUGAGAAGCCAUUGAGAAAGCCACCUGCCAGACUGAAAAAACUCAAGAUCAAAAAGCAAGUGAAGGAUUUCACAACGAAGGACGUUGAAGAGAAGAUGGAGGCUGCUGAGGAGCGCAGGAAGACUAAAGAAGAAGAAAUAAGAAAAAGGCUACGGAGUGACCGACUUUUGCCUUCAGCCAAUCAUUCAGAUUCAGCUGAACUAGGAGGGGCCGAGGUUGCAUUUGCCAAAGGACUUCAAAGGGUGAGGACUGCUGGAUUUGAACUGUCUAACCUGAAGGGAGGAAAACCAUUGAAGAGGAAGAAGAGUAAAAGUGAUGCAACCUUGAUUGAUAGAAACGAAAGUGAUGAAAGUUUUGGGGUCGUGGAGUCAGACAUGUCCUACAACCAAGCAGAUGACAUAGUCUACUAAGCCAUUUUUUGUGAAUUUCAUAAGAAAGCAUUCAUUCUCCCCAUUUGUAACAUUUGUAGUAUGUCUCAUAUUCUUUGACUGACUGACCUCAUUCCACUGGGAUUUCUCCCUUGGGCUUAAGGAUGAUUGUGUGGGCUGCACAGGCUGAAGGUUAGUUGAGUAAAUUAAGUAGCUAUGCUAGCUUUAAAAAAAGAGCCAGGGGGAGACUUGACCAGCAUAGAUAUUUGGCACUCUCCUUUGUGUGGCUUCAAACAUUAUGGAGAUGUCUUUAAUUUAUAAGUGCCUUCAGCUUACAUUAAUAAGUUCGUGCCAAAUGAAUUCAUUCCUGUUUACUCCUGCCUUGUGGCAGGGUCCAUCCUCUGCUGGUCCUUUAAGACAAAUUGCAUGGAUUUGUAUUAAGUAUUUUAAUGGUUUAUAUGUUUAUUAUGCUGUAUGUCUAUGGUUUUAUAAAUUUUUUUCUCUGUGUUGUGAAGGAAUAAAGCAAUGU